AUAAAAUAAAAAAAAAUUGUUGCUAAACGUACAUACUGUUUUUUUUUUACAGUAUCUUUCCUAUUGAUUGUAUAUUCUACGAAUCACUAGUGAAAGCUAUUCUUCGACCACAGCGUUACAUAUGGUCGAAAACGUUAAUCAAUUUUCAAUCAAAAUGUUCCGAGUAUGCCUAGGAGUGUGCGGUCAUUAGUUCGUCACGCUAAAAACUGCUAUACAAUUUAUGUUUAUACUGUUGAAAAAACAUUUACUUGGUCUUAUUGAUGCGUAAGUUUUUCAGAACUUUUGUUUUAACUAACAUACGAUCAGAAACUAUCUAAUUCAGCUGAUUUAUUGUACUUAUUGCCUGCAUCAAACUGCAGAAGCUUUGUGUGAAGCACUGGUAGAAAAAAUUGUAUUCAAAUUGAAUGACCAAAAUGUUGGAGACCGCACCCUUAGGUAUAAUCUAGUCAUCUACGCUAAAACUAAUCAUUGUUACCGGCUUGACAGCAGACAAUGAGCAGCAGCCUUCUGGACAAGUUGCACCAAAAAAUAUCUCAAUACAUUUUGUUGAAAAAUCGACAGCUUCGGCGGUUUAGCCGACUCGUGUUGGAUUGCGAAUUUCUGCGGUUUGCCGAGGUUAUCGAAGACACGGAACACUUCUUGGAAGAUUUUAUCCGCAAUCUAGCACUAUUUCCAACUGGAAACGUUUUCAUCACUAGUAUCGGUCAUCGGAUAAAGCGCCUCUGUGGCGCCAGGGAUCACUGUUUACGGAAGCUAGAAGGUUUUGAACGGGUCAUCGUGGAUUGCGAGGACGCCUUGGUCAAAAAGAUCUUCUACCAACGGUUGCAUAGGACCAAGCACGCUUUCCAACAACAGUUUCGUACCUAUCGGAAGGAAGUGGAAGAUUUUCUACUGCAACUUCUUGAUAUCAACCAAAUCGCUCAGUACCAAAACCAAUUCAACCGCACUUGUUUUCUUUAUUUGACUGUCCUCAAGAAUCACGACAAUAUUCGUCAUUUAUUCAGAGAAGAAUUUCUGAGGUUCCACGCGAUCUACAACAUUUCAAAUCUGAAACUACAAACACACGAACUUUUGCUCGAUAUCCUCGUCCGUCACCUGCAUCUUUUUGACGAAAUGGCUAGCUCCGAAGGGUCCUCAAUUGAAUCGAUCCGUGAUCGGCUGAAUCAGGAAAUAAUUAAAUCUCGCACCGAUAUCGUUAUCCAAGAAGCGGAACUGACCGAACUCCGGCAGGAGCUGUUUCCUUCGGAGGUCAGUUUGAAGGAACAGCGACAUGCGGCGAUCGACCGAUUGGAAGUUCGGGAAUUGGAUUUGGAGCAUCGUAUCCGCUCAAUCGAUGUGUUGCAAUCCGAUAUCCAAGGUCUGGAAGCUCAAGUGGCUCGGUUAAUCGAGGAGCGUGAAAGGGUGCACGAACAAUUGAUGGAAAAACGCGACGCUUUGCGUUGCGGAAUACGGGAAGUUGUUCGUUUGGAGAAACUGAUCCAACAAAUCGAGAAAGAAAUAUCCGAUAGAAUGGUGGCAUUUCAAAAGCAUUUGGAAGAACUGGAACUGAAAAGAAUAGCUAUUUUGGAAGAUGAAACACUGACGGAGGAGGAAAGAGCAAGACUACUGGCUGAACUGGAUCAGGAAAUCGCAAUGAUACGAGAGAAGCACGAUGAAGAUCAGAGGCUGCUGAAAGACAGGUGUGAAGAGCUAAAGGCCAUGUCGAGGAGUGUAAUUGAAGGUUUGGAUGGACUCCGAGAUGAGUUGAUGCAGAAACACUUGGAUGAAAUCAGGGAACUGGAGGAGCAAAAGAAGAACGCGACUCCUUCGGAAUUGGAAUUGAUUAAUGCAAGAAUUGCAGAGUUGCAACGAGAGUUUGACGAGAAUAUGGCAAUGUUGGACAUGGCACAGGCAAGACGACAGUAUUUCCAAGAUGAACACGGAAGAUACUACAUUAGUGAAUUUGGACAGAAGGUUUACCAGAGGGAAUCGGGAGCUUCGGAGUACAUUCUGACUGAGGAUGGUCAAUGGGAAAAGAUCAGGAAUGCUGUGGAACUGGAAACAGAUGAAAAAGGGGAAUUUUAUAUUGACAAUUUUGGAAGAAAGAUUUAUACUAAACGAUACUAUGAGGAUGAAUACGGGAAAUAUUACAUUGACAGCGAAGGAAAGAGGGUCUAUCUGGAACCUUCUCUUGUCAGUGAGAUUGAGAACAGCUUACAGCCAGAGGUAGAAGAACUUCAGGAAACUUUGGUGCUCCCAAGUGAAGAUGAACAAUCUACCGUUGAAUCCGAUUUGGGUGACACAGAGGAAGCGAAAAUUAAACGUGCUGAUGACAUUAAAUAUGUGCAAGAAACUGUUGGUGUACCGCUGAGGAAAGGCCUUGCACUGACGUUCCUUCACCAACCGGAAGAUCCGAUUGAAUUUCUAGCUAAAUUUUUGGAAAAAUACCACAAUGAUCAGCAAAAGGAACCCGAGAGGACAAGGUUGGUUGAUGAUGUUACAAAAAUGAGAGAAGCUGCUAACUUUCCAUUGGAUCCAAAGAUCUCAACUGAAGAUAUGUGUUAAGCCCUUUAAUCUGAAGAGUUAUCCUGUUUUGACUUUCGCGCCAGCAUUGAAAUAAUCAUAUCCGAAUUUUGACUUUGUUCCAUAGUAAAUGAUUCCUGGAACACUCGUAUUGUCAUAUA